CUUUUGUUUCGAACCGUUUUUGCGGGCGGGAUUAAUCGAACCCCCUCUUUGGACGAUAACUCCUCCUUUAUAUUCCAGUAUAGGUUUGUUCGAGUAUUGUGAAUGGUUGAAAGUAUUGUGUUUCGUAUUGGUUAGACGGACUCUGGUAUUACGUUUUGAUUCGUUGAUCCACAUUGCCCGGUGUCCGGGUAAAAUGGCGUCGGAAGAAUACUGCUCGGUACCACCUCGAUGGCGGUCGAUAUCGCUAACCCACGUAGAGUUCCCUGCUGGUGAUCUGACGGGACAAUUGUUGGCCUACACCAGCCUGCUACCCAUAGUGAUCCUUGUGGGCUUUGUCACCCUCAUAGUGUUCAAGCGUGAACUGCACACGAUCUCCUUCUUCGGUGGGCUCGUACUGAACGAAGGGGUGAACUGGCUGCUGAAGCAUAUUUUAAGGGAGCCCCGCCCAUGUGAAGGAGCUCAUGCAACCCUGACCACUGAGUAUGGGAUGCCCUCCAGUCAUUCCCAGUUCAUCUGGUUUUUUGUUGUUUACUUCUUUCUUUUUCUUUAUUUAAGAAUGCAUCAAACGAACAACGCUCGCUGUGUGGAGCUGCUGUGGAGACAUAUACUGUCCAUCACCUUGUUAGGUGUGGCCUUCUCCGUGUCAUACAGCAGGGUUUACCUGUUGUACCACACCUGGAGUCAGGUAUUCUACGGGGGAGUGACCGGUAGCACCAUCGGAGUAGUCUGGUUCUUCUUCACACAGGAGGUGCUGACACCGCUAUUCCCCAAGAUGGCAGCAUGGCCAAUAUCAGAGUUUUUUCUGGUGAGGGACACAAGCCUGAUCCCCAACAUCCUGUGGUUUGAGUACACGGUGACCAGAUCAGAGGCAAGAAACAGACAACGGAAGCUUGGAACAAAACUUCAGUGAUCGUAGCAGUUCCUUGGUGAAACUGAGUAAAGGACCACACACAUAUGCGCGCACACACACACUCAUAAAAAAACACACUGGAGAAUCAUCUUCUGGACUGACCUGAUUGCAAUGAAAAAAGGGCCAACCCAUUUACAGGUUGACCUAAAGAGAGUGCCAGGACACGGCCCGGGGCCUGCAGCCUGAGCAAGUCCGUCCACAUGCCUCACUUUGUACAGCUUGCCCAAAUGUUCCCCCGACGCAUAAAAGACCGUGAAAGAGGCAUACUAUUUAAUGACAAAUUAAUAUAUACUUUAACUGUAAAUUCACACACAGACAGGAACCAUUUACUGUAAGAAAGAUUUUCAGAAACUAAUGGAUGGCUCUGUCAAUUAACAAAACAUUGGCUGGUGUUAAUACACCAUGACAUUUGUCACACUUUUGUUUUGGGUUUGCUGGUGGGGGAAAUAUGAAAUUGGUGGGGUAGUAAACCCUUUUUUUUUUUUUUGGUCUUAUAUUACAGAAAAGAGAACCAUUUUUAAAACUCUAACAUGUAAUAUAUAAACAAAUGUGUACUUUGUUAAAAUUAAAGAGAAAAGUGUGUGGGCGGGUUAACACUAUUUACAUGAGAAAGGUGGGUGGGUUAACUUUAUUUACAUGUGAAAGACCCCUGUUUCCCCCUCUCAUACAUCUUGUCAGCCCAAUGUAUUCGGUUCCAAAAUGUACUUGCAGGCGUUUAAGCCCUCACAUACUGUACAAGCCAAGGCUAGUGUAUCUUCUGUACAACUUGAGGUCUCGAUUAUGUUUGAGAUGAUGCAGAAGAAGAGAAACGAGCCAUAACACAAGGGGCUCUGUUCUUUUUCUAUUCCUCUUCCACACAGGGAGCGAGGGAGUGUUUUCUCAACCCCUUUCUCAUGUCUGACACCCCAGGAGCACAAACCGGGGACAUGUAUUUCUCCUUUUGCGGUUCUAGAGAACAUGAAACAGUGGCUUAACACUUGUCCUUCCUAACUUUCUUUUUACCUGUCUUUUCAAAACAUUCCAUAUCAUCUGGUGAAAGAAACAAAUGACUGCUGAGGGGAAAUGUUAAUGGUGAUUUUCUUUUUCUAUUAAACCUCAGGUCAAUCUGUAGCAUGUGUUAAUGCUGCAUUCCUCGGAAAUGCAAGAGCUGAUGUUUUGAGGCUGUCUGGUGAAGGUUAAAAGCUCAUUUGGAAUUGUCAUGUCAUUAGCUCCAUAAAGGGAAGUAGUUCUCUUAGAUUAUAAUUUUGUGUAACCCAUAUCAGGCUGAAUAAAUAAAUGAAGUGUU